AAAGAAGAAUGUUAGCUAAGCAUCAUCAUCAUCAUUAGCAUAACAGACAGCUACAUGAGAUUCGCAUUUUUUUUUUAAUUAAAAAAUCGCCUUUUUAUUAAGUUGUUGAAUAAGUUGGAUUUGAUUUGAUCUUCUCGUGGGUUUCUUCUCCUACCUUGUUCUUUCUUUCCCCUCGUAAGGUUUCUUACCGAUCGAGCAAGUAUCUAAGUGGGUUUUGUGAUUGAAAGUUUGUUCUUUUAGAGAAGAAUGGGGUCGUCUUCAGGGCAAAGUGGAUACGAUCUGUCGUUUAAGAUAUUGUUGAUUGGAGAUUCUGGCGUUGGUAAAAGCAGUUUGCUUGUCAGCUUCAUUUCCACCUCCGUUGAAGAUCUCGCUCCUACAAUUGGUGUUGAUUUCAAGAUCAAACAGUUGACAGUAGGAGGCAAAAGACUGAAACUCACAAUCUGGGACACAGCUGGACAGGAACGGUUUAGAACACUGACGAGCUCUUACUACAGAGGCGCCCAAGGAAUCAUCCUCGUGUAUGAUGUGACGAGAAGAGAGACAUUUACAAACUUAGUAGAUGUGUGGGGCAAGGAGAUUGAGCUUUAUUCCACUAACCAAGAUUGCGUUAGGAUGCUCGUUGGCAACAAAGUUGAUAGAGAAUCUGAGAGAGGAGUUAGCAGAGAAGAAGGGAUCGCUCUAGCGAAAGAACUCAAGUGCAUGUUUCUCGAGUGUAGUGCUAGAACUCGACAAAACGUAGAGCAGUGUUUCGAAGAGCUGGCUUUGAAGAUAAUGGAGGUACCUAGUCUUUUGGAAGAAGGAUCAAGUGCUGUGAAGAGAAACAUCUUGAAGCAGAAAACAGAACACCAGACUACUCCUCAAGCUGGAUGCUGCAGCUAAUGAGAGCGAAUAUAUAUGUUCAUACAAAAAAACUCAAAUGGUUCUCUUGUGUAUUGCAAUCUUAAUCUGAUUCUUGCCUCUUUUGUGUGUAAGUUGUAACAUAAUGACUAGUUUCUCUCUGUAAAUGUGUGAGAUUUAUGUUUUUUUUUUUCUUUUGCGUUCUGGAAUGAGAUUUGUAAUAAAAUCAUAUAAUAGUGUGAAUAAACCCCCUAUCAAAUGUUUCUUCAAAUGAACC